AUGGGUGAUGAAGAGGGAACCAGUAAUGGUGGUGGUACAGAAGGCACUGAAGGGUUUCACUACUUGAAAAGUGAAGCAAUGAAUGGUAGUAGUAGUAAUAAUUGUAAUGUGGCUUCGGAGAUACUUAACAACAAAACUCCUCAGCAGAAAUCCAGCAAUGCGAACUGUGAUUUACAAUUAAUUCUGGACCACCUUACUGAUGGGAAUUCUAAUCUGAGUCAAAAUAGUUCUUGCCCUAUGAUUCAAGCCACUGACAAGGUGGUUGUGCAACUGCAUUUGGAUUUCCGAGAGCACCGAGAGAGGGAGCUCAAGUUUACAGCUGCAGGUUGGAAGUGUGAUUGUCAGGGGAAGUGGUUCAGAGAUGAAAAUGUUGAGUUUGACUCUGAUGAAGAUGAUCCAAAUGUAUGCCUUGGAUGAAAAGAUGUGGAAGAAUUUAGCUGAUGGACAUUCAAUUUGAUCAUGAUUGAUGAUGGUGGUAUAGUUUGCUAACUUGGCAUGUAAAGCUACUGCUAGUUUUCUACUGAACAACCUAGAAGAAAAUUUUUGUUAUACACUGAUUAGCCUGUAGGGAGCCCAAGAGUUGCGUCUUUGUGAAUAUAGGAAGUUGGUGUACCAAUGCUUGAAUUAAGCACUGUUUCAAAAGGAUUUUUCUUCAAAGGUGUAUCACACAAUUGCAUUAUUUAUCAGAGGAAUUCUGGCAGGUGUGCAGGGAAAUUUAUGUGUUUUGGAAAAUGUAAAAGAAAAUUAAUUGAUUCUACAUAUUUUUCUUAUCUUGACCUUUGAAGUACCUAUAGAUUAUUUAUGUAAGAACCUA